AUGUCUUCUAAACACGUCGUCGUCAUAAUCGGCGCAUCCGGCAUUGGUCUCGCUGCCGCUCGACGCAUAGCAGGAAACCGCAAAAUCUUCCUCGGAGCACGAUCUCAGAAGACCCUCAACGCUGCCAAGGAAUCCCUCGUAGACGAAGGCUUCGAGAUUGUGACCCAUGAAAUUCUGAUCAGCUCCCUAGAAUCCGUUCGCACCUUUGUCGCAGCGGCCGCAUCCCACGGCAUCAUCGACGUUGUGGUGCAUACUUCCGGGGUCUCACCCAGCACAGCAACCUCUGUCGAGGAGGUCAUCCAAGUCGAUCUCCUUGGGACUGCGUAUGUCAUCGAUGCCUUCCUGGAAUACGCGAGCGAAGAGACAUCAGUCAUCUGCGUGUCGUCGUCAGCAGCAUAUAUGAGCUUCGCAUGGCCAACACUUUCGGCAUCGUUACAACGACAUCUAGCUCUGGCCCCAGUCAGCGAACUUCUCUCUCACGAAGAUUACCAGAACUUCGAGUACAGCGGGCCACAAAGCAAGAUACUCUGGGCAUACUGGUUUGCCAAAUAUUCGAAUCUUCUGCGAGUCCAAGGUGCCGCGAUAGCGUACGGGAAGAAGGGUGCUAGAAUCAAUUCUAUCUCACCAGGUCUGACGAUGACGAAGAUGGGUCGUGCGGAAUGUGAAGGUGAGAAUGGAGAGGGUAUGAAAGCGAUGAUGGAAUCGUCGCCGAUAAAGCGCGCUGCUACUCCGUAUGAUGUUGCGAAUGCUAUUGCUUUUCUCGUGGGAUCGGAGUCGAGCUACAUCACAGGAAGCGAUCUGAAGAUCGAUGGCGGGGUGGUGUCUUCCAUGAGAUGGGAUGUGCUGAAAGAUGGGCUUCCAGUGGACGAGGUCGAAGUUUUGGAGCGGUAG